UCUUCAUGACUCUGUUUUUCUGCUUAGCAAUCAGUGGUUUUAUAGUUGGAUAUGUCUACUUUACUGAGGCCUCUGGAUGCUCUCUGAACAAGUUCUUCAUAAGUUUUAAUCUGAUUCUCUGCAUUGUGAUCUCCGUCAUUUCGAUUUUUCCAAAAGUACAAGAAGUUCAGCCCAAGUCUGGUUUGCUACAAGCAUCAAUCAUUUCUCUGUACACAAGUUACCUGACGUUAUCAGCACUUGCCAGUGAGCCUACUACAGCAGUCGUUGUUGGUAAUAAAACUAUCAAUACUGUAUGUGGAGAUGCCGAGGGACUCAAUAUCUCUGGAACUGGUGUUGAAGGGUCAGAA